AUGGGGGGAAAGGUUUCCCAGUCUGAGGAAUUUGGCUGUCAUGGUUGGUUUACGAAUGGCCAUGUUGUUGAUGUCAUUUUUUUCUAUUGCUUUUGUCAAUGCUAUUGCACUUCAGAGGUCACAAUUGCAUGUUUUUUUGAGAGAGAGAAAUGA